AUGCCUACGACACCAAGAACGCAGGAUGUCUACCUGCUGCCCUUGGCCGACAACGGUGCCCCGAAAGUGGACGGCCAGUACAUACUGCUGCCGCCGCCUAACAGGGACAACCCGUACCAUGUCUGCUUCGAGAUCCAGGGAACAAGCUCGAUAUGUCGUGAAGGCAGUCUGUGGGUAAACAUCCCCGCCAAAGGCGAGAAGUUCAGGCGCGAUCACUAUCGCGAAUAUAAACUGAACCCAGACUUCAAUGGCACUAUCAAGCACGACAUACCCAUCUACGAGGCCAAUGCCUAUUCCUUUUACACCACCUACACGCCACUGCCGCAGUGGUCUUUCACGGACGUUGCUCCGACAAGACCUACCCGCACACCAACAUACUACAUCGAUGUCUGUCCACGGCUUACGCUGCGUGGCGAACAAGUCCCCAUUGAGUCUAUCUCGCUAUUCACCUGUCUCUCCAAGUUUAUGGGCAGUUAUCCUACCGACUGGAACAACCACUUGCACGGCAUCAGCCAGCGUGGAUACAACAUGGUGCACUUCACGCCGCUGAACAUCCGAGGCGAUUCGAAUUCGCCCUACAGCAUCUAUGAUCAGCACCGCUUUGACCCCGCCAUAUUUCCCAAUGGCGAGAAGGAUAUUGCGUCUCUCGUGCAGAAGAUGCAUGAGGAAUACAACCUACUGGCGAUGACAGACGUGGUCUGGAAUCAUACUGCCAACAACAGCAAGUGGCUUGAGGAGCAUCCUGAGUCUGGGUACAAUGUAGAUACGGCGCCCUGGCUUCGACCUGCACUUGAUCUCGACACAGCGCUCCUCAAAUUCAGCCGUGACCUGCGUUCACUGGGCCUGCCAACGAAGAUCAGUAGUCAAGAUGACUUGUUACGGAUCAUGGAUGGUGUGAAGACGCGCGUGCUUGGAGAGACCAAGCUGUGGCAGUACUACGUUGUCGACAAGGAGAGUGCCGCAAAAGCCGUGGUGCAGUCCUGGACUGCCGGACAAGUCAAAUUCCCCGAUGACAGCUUUAGACAGGCUGGUCUACGUGGGCUUGAUGCUGUAAAGGCUUGGUCGCUGAAGCAGAAGGCCGAUUGGAUCAUUGAUCAUGCCUUGCAAGGUGGUGAUAGACUUGGCGAACGCUACCGCCGUUCUGUUGAUGCAGACACUGGCGCCUCACUGCUCACUGCUCUAUUUGGUCGGUAUGAUACCAGACAUAGCGAUGCUCCCGACGAAAGUGCGGCAAACGAAGCAUUUCGUCAAAUCAUCGAUGAACUCAAUCUCCAUUUCUAUCGCGAGUACGACGCGGAUGCCGCUGAGAUUAUGGAGCAACUUUUCAACCGUAUCAAGUAUUGCCGCUUGGAUGACCAUGGUCCGAAAAUGGGCGAAAUUACCGACAGCAGCCCACUCACUGAGCCAUAUUUCACGCGGCUGCCUCUCAACGAGACUACCAAGAAGCAUAACCCGGAAGCGCUGGCCCUUGUCAACAACGGUUGGGUCUGGGCUGCGGAUGCGAUGAGAGACAAUGCUGGUUCCAAGUCCAGAGCAUAUUUGAGACGAGAGGUUAUCGUGUGGGGCGACUGCGUGAAGCUCCGUUAUGGUAAUGGGCCGGACGACAAUCCUUACCUCUGGGAGCACAUGGCAAAAUAUACAAGAUUGAUGGCCAAGUACUUCCAGGGCUUUCGAAUCGACAAUUGUCACUCGACCCCGAUUCAUCUCGCCAGCUAUAUGCUCGAUCAGGCCCGUACGGUCAAUCCCGACUUGUUUUGCGUUGCUGAAUUGUUCUCUGGAUCUGAAGAGAUGGACUUUAAAUUCGUAAAAGAGCUUGGUAUACAUGCACUCAUCCGAGAAUGCAUGCAAGCAUGGAGCACACAAGAACUCAGCCGAUUGGUGCAUCGUCAUGGUGGCGUGCCCAUUGGCAGCUUCGAUACGGAUGAGGUUAUGAAUGCCGAUCCAUCGGCAACAACGGUUACGCCAGAUGGCGCUCGGCGUGUUGUAAAGAAGAUCAAGAAGAGUCCAGUACACGCCUUGUUCAUGGACUGCACACACGACAAUGAGACGCCCGCGCAGAAACGUGAUGCCCGCGAUACGCUACCCAGUGCCGCCUUGGUGGCCAUGUGCUCAUGUGCUACUGGCAGUGUUUUCGGUUUUGACGAAGUCUAUCCUGAGCUAAUCGAGUUGGUCCAUGAAAAGAGGCUUUACACAUCAAUCAACUCUACUGGCGGCCGGAUCAAGGCACAGGCAGGCGAGGGCGGUAUCGGCGGCCUCCGGAAGAUCUUGAACCAGAUCCAUGUGGAGAUGGGCAAGAAGGAGUACACCGAGACUUAUAUCCAUCACGAAAACGAGUACAUUACCGUUCACCGCGUCAACCCUCGAACAAGAAAAGGCUACUUCUUGAUCGCCCACACUGCGUUCCCUGGAUACGGCAAUGGAAAUGGAGGAUUUGGGCCCACGAACCUCCCAGGCACUCAAGCGAAGCUGGUUGGGGCUUGGAACCUUGAAGUUGAUAACAGCGCCGAAACGCGGAAGACUGUCAUCGGUGACAAGAUACUGCGUGGUCUACCCAGCCGAACCAAGGAUAUUCAAGGCGUUGUCAUCGAAUCGGCUGGCGACUCGACUACAAUUCGUAUCCCUGACAGCUUCCCACCUGGGAGUAUCGCGCUUUUCGAGACCUCGGUCCCUUCUGCAGAGCAUGACGAAGGCCUUGACAAGUUUGUCACCUCUGGUGCGCGAGAGGCGUUCAGCAAAUGUACUCUUGCAGACCUCAACCACAUUUUGUAUCGCUGUGAUCAAGAGGAACGGGACGCUUCCGACAACCGAGAUGGCACCUACAACGUCCCUGGACAUGGUCAGCUGGUGUAUGCCGGUCUCCAAGGCUGGUGGAGUGUGUUGCGCACUGUUGUCGACGAGAACAACCUUGGUCACCCAGUCUGUAACCACCUUCGAGAAGGCCAGUGGGCAUUGGAUUACUGCGUCGGCCGUCUAAAGCGGCUCGCGGAAAAAGAGCAGUACCCUGGCAUCGCAGGACCCGCCAAGUGGCUCGAGGAACGUUGCGAUAGAAUCCGCCAAAUCCCUAGCUUCCUCUUGCCAAGAUCGUUCGCUAUGGUCAUCCAGACCGCGUACAAUGCCGCCGUAGAUCGAGCCGUCGAACUUAUGGGCGAGAACGUUCGCAAUGGCCCGGCUUUCCUGCGCAGUCUCUCCUUGGUCAGUUACCAGAUGACCGGUCUCAUGAACACUACUUCGCUUUGGCCUGAGAAAAGCGUUCCCAGCAUGGCAGCCGGUCUUCCUCAUUUUGCGUACGAUUGGGCACGUUGCUGGGGUCGUGACAUAUGCAUCUCUGCUCGUGGUCUUCUUAUGGGCACCGGACGGUAUGCUGAUGCCAGAGAACACAUCUUAGCUUUCGCAAGCGUUGUGAAACAUGGCAUGAUUCCAAACCUUCUGAGCAGUGGCAAGCUGCCCCGUUACAACUCCAGGGACUCGGUUUGGUGGUUCACCCAAAAUGUACAAGAUUACACCAAAAUUGUUCCAAGUGGGCUUGAUCUGCUCCAUGACAAGGCGCCGAGACGCUUCCUUCCCUACGAUGAUACCUGGUUCCCAUACGAUGACGAGCGAGCCUACUCCCAGUCGUCAACAAUCGAAGAUGUGAUCCAGGAGAUACUGCAACGCCAUGCCACAGGCCUGGACUUCCGAGAGUACGAUGCUGGUCCGAACAUCGACAGUCAAAUGAGAGACGAAGGCUUCAACAUCAAAGUGCAGCCCGAUUGGGAGACCGGUCUGAUCUUUGGUGGCAACCAAUGGAACUGUGGCACAUGGAUGGACAAGAUGGGUGAGAGCGAGAAGGCAGGCAGCAAAGGUGUGCCUGGCACGCCUCGUGAUGGUGCCCCUGUGGAGAUCAUCGGUCUUUUGUACAGUUGUCUCAACUGGGUGGCCGACUUACGGGACCAAGGUAAAUACAAGUACGAAGGCGUGACCCUCGAAGGCGGCAAGAAAGUCAUCUCGUUCCGAGCAUGGGCCGACAAGAUCAAGGCCAACUUCGAGCGCGCUUUCUACGUCCCACGCACACCUGAAGAAGACGCCGAUUACGAUGUGAACCCGAAGAUCAUCAACCGCCGUGGUAUUUACAAAGACACUUACCGCGGUGGCAAGGAGUAUGAGGAUUACCAGCUCCGCCCGAACUAUAGCAUAGCCAUGACGGUAGCGCCCCAACUCUUUGACCCUGACCACGCCCUCUACGCCCUCGAAGUCGCGGACAAGAAUCUCCUCGGCCCAGUCGGCAUGAAAACACUUGACCCCUCCGACUACAACUACCGCCCGUUCUACAUCAACAGUGAGGAUUCGACCGACUUCCACACCUCCAAGGGUCGUAACUAUCACCAAGGUCCCGAAUGGGGCUGGCCUCUGGGUUUUCACUGCCGCGCCCUAUUGAAAUUCGAUUUGCAGCGGAAGAAAACACCCGAGGAGCGGGUCGAGAGUUAUCAGCAGGUCACGAGGAGAAUGGCGGGUAUGAUGCGGCAGAUCGAAGAAAGUCCAUGGGCGGGGCUCACAGAGUUGAGUCAGAAGGAUGGAGUGUUCUGCGGCGAUAGCUGUCCGACGCAAGCUUGGUCCGCUAGUUGCUUGAUCGAUGUCUUCCAGGACGCUUGGGAGUACGAGAGGCGCGAUGAAGAUUCGUCGUCUUAG